AUGGCGGUGAAUUCUUUGCACAACAUCGCGACACUGAUCAAACGACUGGAGGCAGUGACUUCUAGACUAGAAGACAUCGCUUCCUCGGCGGAUUCAUUAGGUUUGCAUCCUAAUGAGGCUCAUAUUAUUAGAGACAUCGCCACGGCCCUUGCUCCAGCUUCAACUGACCCCCAACGACCCCAGCAGCCAUCCUCUGAAGGAGGAUUGGCGAGACCUCCUGAAGAUAUCCCUGUGGAUGUGACGCUGUUUGACUCUUUCAUCAAAACGGGAAUCGAUCCGUUCAUCGAUUUAAGCCAGAAAAUUGGAGGGGUAGUGGCGGAGCAGGUGACUAUUCUGAGAAGAGGCUUUGAUGCUCAGCGCCGCAUUCUCCUUGUCAUUAGCAAAGCCAAGAAGCCCCACGGUGAUAAAGCAGCAGAGAAAGCGUACCAAAACGUCUUGAAACCGAUUGAAGACGUAAUCUCAUCUAUUCGUCAAAUUCAACAAGAAAACAGAGGGACGCCAGCAUUCAACAUGCUCUCGACCGUUGCUGACGGAUCAUUCGCCCUCACCUGGACGACAGUUGAAAGCAGACCCUGGCUUCAAGUGGAAGAGUCACUCACGAUGGCUCAGUUUUUCGGUAACAAGGUUUUAAAAGAGCAUCCAAAAGGAUCUCUGGAAGCGCAAUGGGUAGGAAAGUAUUACUCUCUUUUUACAGAGCUUGCUUCAUUCUUGAGAGAAGCUUAUCCUUAUGGCAUCUCGUGGAAUAGCCAAGGCGAUGCUCUCAGCAAUGUUAUCGCAGGAGACGUGGCAUAA